AUGUACACUACAUCAUCCCUCUUUUUGAAUACUCUUGCUCAAGUCGGCAUCACACAUGCCUUCGUCAACUGGGGUUCUGAUCAUCCGGCAUUACUCGAGGAUCUCGAGCGGCAAAGAGUAGAGAAAGGCGAAACAGAACCAAAGAUCGUCACUUGUCCUAAUGAGAUGGUUGCGUUAAGUGCUGCACAGGGGUACACCCAAGUCACAGGUAAGCCUGCAGCAGUGAUCGUACAUGUGGAUGUGGGGACGCAGGCUUUGGCGGGUGCUGUGCACAAUGUGAACAGAGGGCGAGCGCCUGUGCUUAUUUAUGCUGGAUCGUCGCCUUUCUCUGCAGAGGGUGAACUCAAAGGAUCGAGGAAUGAAUGGAUCCACUGGAUGCAAGAUGUCCAUGACCAGCCUGCUAUCCUUCGUCAGUACAUGCGAUACACGGCCCAGAUUAACUCUCCAGCCAAUUUACCGCACCUCGUAAGACGUGCGCUACAAAUCGCCACGAGCGAUCCGAAAGGCCCCGUUUACCUCUGGGGACGCAGAGAGGUGAUGGAGCAAGAGAUUGAUGAGGGGCUCCUGAAAGUUCCAGCCCCGAUGUUGAAAUGGCCGUCCGUGGAGCCUUGUGCAUUGUCCCACUCUGCUGCUGCCAUCAUAGCUGCAGCCCUUCGUCAAGCCGUGAACCCUCUCCUUAUUACCUCUCAUGCCGGUCGCAACACAAACGUGUUUACGUCAUUGAGCGCGCUCUGUUCGUUAAUAGGAAUGCCGGUUUUUGUUCCAUGUCCAGCGGUGCUUAACACGCCUUUCUCCUAUGCGCUGUAUGUGGGCGUCGGGCAUCUUGCACCAGGGACGCAAACGACUCUGCUCAAAGAUGCAGAUGUUAUCCUUGUUCUUGAUGUAGAACUCCCCUGGAUCCCAAUGAACAAAGAUUCGAACGGCGAUCACGAGCGCCCAAAGGAAGAUGCAAGAGUAUUUGUUAUCGAUGGCGGAGAUCCUUUAAAGGAAAAUAUUGGAAUGUAUCACGUAGAUGCUGAAAUGGUUUGUCGCGCAGAUGCAGAGGUUGCACUAGGACAAAUUGUAGAAGCCAUACAACAUAGCGACAGCACAGAAGGUGUGAUUAUCGCAGAGAGUGCUAUCGUUCAAGCACGUACGCGCGAGAUGGAAAAGAUGCAUAGCGAAUGGGUCGCGAAACUUGACAAGGCCGAGUCUUUCCCUACCUCCCUUACGUCCUCCAUACCUGCGUACACAGUCCCUCAGGUGAUCUCAGCUCUACGCAGGGCUGUCAUCUCUGGAACCCCUUCAGGAGGAGCACACACACUCAUGCUCAAUGAGAGUAUCAGCAACUAUCCGCUCGUCUGGAGCCAUAUGAGGCCAGAGGUUCUCGGUGGGAUGAUUGGUUCUGGUGGAUCUUCCCUUGGGUGGGCGCUAGGCGCCAGUGUGGGUGCCUUCCUUGGGGGUAAAGUGGCAGAGAAGGGCCCAGGGAAACAAGGCUAUGAACUUGUAGCGUCUAUAGUGGGAGACGGGACAUUUUUGUUUGGAGUACCGGCCAGUGCAUUCUGGAUGGCUCGAAAAUAUCAGACGCCGUUCCUGACGGUUAUUUUGAACAACGGAGGCUGGAAAUCUCCCAAGUUAUCUAUGCUAGGCGUUUAUCCGUCUGGACAUGGCUCGAAAGUGUUGGGGCAGCAGCUUACAGUCGGCUUCGGCCCUGAUAUGCCUGAUUAUGCACAGAUUGCAGUGGCAGCAUCGGGAGGGUGGGCUUGGGGAAGGAAGGUGGAUGCAAGUACGAUUAGUGAGGGAAAGAAUCCAAAAGAUGCAUUGGAGGAGGUCAUAGCUGAGGCAGUGAGGGUGGUGGUACAAGAAGGCCGAUGUGCAGUGAUUGACUGCGUUCUAGAAAGUAUCUGACCAUUUUCGAGCCAGAAGAGUGGACAAGUUAGCCAUUUCAUAUAUUUAUAUACCGUGUCUCGACUCUGAGGCAUUUUACACGCAGGCUAGGCCGUGGUUCGUCAAAGUUUAAAUGAUGCCUUUAUGCCGACAGUUAUUUCGAGGAACUCGUAUCGUGCUGCUUGAGAAAUCGCGACAAGUCAAAGUCAUGGUGAACAAACGGCUUAGAUGCGACUUUCACCCCUC